UCACCGGGCGCGUCAGAGGCAGGACCACGUGUACCGUGUUGACUGUCAAAGUCUCAGGGAAACCUAAUUUCCGGAAGUGGUGACUUCUGAGAGAAGUUCCUGCACCCGAGUACCCCGAGUCUGCGAAUUCCAAACCAUGAGCACCUCGGGCGUGCUGUCCUUUACCCAGCAAGGCUGGGAGCAAGUGCUGGUCAAAGUGAAACGGGCUUUGGUCUACCUGGACGCCGCCUGCGCGGAGAGCCUGCACUGGGGCUGCGGAUCUACGCGGCUCAUGGAAGCGGUGGGGGGUCCUGUGUGUCACCUGCGAGAGUUCGAGCCCAACGCAGUUGGUGGUGGAGCCGAGCAGCCCAAGGCGGUGUUUGUGCUGAGUUGCGUCCUAAAAGGCCGGACUGUGGAAACUUUACGGGAUAUCAUCUGCCGCAGUCACUUUCAGUAUUGUGUGGUGGUUACGGCCGUGAGCCACGCUGUCCACCUUACGGCUAAUCAUGUGCCAGCGGCGGCAGCGGCCGAGCUGGAGGGGCAGCAGCCGGUAUUUGAGCAGCUGGAGGAGAAGCUGUGUGAGUGGAUGGGCAACAUGAACUACACUGCCGAGGUGCUGCACGUCCCGUUGUUGCUCGCCCCUGCUGCUCCCCACCUUGCCUUGACUCCAGCCUUUGCUUCCCUUUUCCCUCUCCUACCUCAGGAUGUGCAUCUCCUUAAUAGUGCCCGACCGGAAAAGAGGAGGCUGGGGAGCCUGGGUGAGGUGGAUGCCACCACUCUAACCCCAGAACUGCUGCUGCAGAUCAGGUGCCUGGUGUCAGGCCUCAGUUCUCUGUGUGAACAUUUGGGUGUACGGGAGGAGUGUUUUGCCGUGGGUUUCCUCAGUCGGGUCAUCGCUGCAGAUCUGGCCAAUUAUGCCCCUGCCAAGAACAGGAGGAAGACUGCCCCAGGCAGGGCAUCAGUGGUCUUUGUGGAUAGAACUCUGGAUCUCACAGGAGCAGUUGGACAUCAUGGGGACAACUUAGUAGAGAAGAUCAUUUCAGUGCUUCCCCAGCUUCCAGACCACACAAAUGAUGUGAUGGUUAACAUGGUAGAGCUCACUGCACUCCAGGCUGAGGAGGACAAUCAGAAUGUGGUUGCACCAGGCUGUCUUGCACAAUCCAAUGAUACAGAAGCCAAAGCCCUGUGGGAAGCCUUACUAAACACCAAGCACAAAGAGGCAGUGAUGGAAGUUCGGAGACAUCUAGUGGAAGCAGCAAGCAGAGAAAGUCUGCCCAUCAAGAUGAGUAUGGGUAGAGUCACUCCAGGGCAGCUCACAUCCUAUAUUCAGCUCUUCAAGAACAACCUCAAAGCUCUAAUGAAUCAUUGUGGGCUCCUACAGCUUGGGCUGGCCACAGUUCAAACUUUGAAACACCCACAGACUUCCAAAUGGGACAACUUUCUGGCUUUUGAAAGGCUCCUUCUCCAGAGCAUUGGGGAGUCGACGAUGUCUGUUGUGCUAAAUCAGCUGCUGCCCAUGAUUAAGCCUUCAACCCAGAGGACCAAUGAGGACUAUAGCCCUGAUGAUCUGCUGAUCCUACUCAUAUACAUUUAUUCUGUAACUGGAGAGUUCACAGUGGACAAAGACCUGGGUGAGGCUGAAGAAAAAGUGAAGAAAGCAUUGGCUCAGGUCUUCUGUGAGGAGUCUGAGUUGUCACACUUACUGCAAAAAAUCACAGGAUUGGAAAUUGCCAUUUUUAGGAGUAGUUUAAUAUUUAGACUUAUGUUUCAUUCUGAAUUUGGUUUAAUUGAUACUAUCCAAAAUAAUGCCAAAACAUCCCAAUAA